CUGACUGCAUUCAGCACCAGCCACACACCCCUCAGCACCGGGGAUGCAUCCUCGCGGCUCGGGCACGGACAACUCCUCGUUAGAGCCGACUUUAGGAUGGUGAAGAAAUCUCUGAACGGCGGGGUUUACCCAGCUCAAGCCGGGGAGAAGAAGCACAAAGUCGGGUUUGUCGGAUUGGACCCCGGGGCUCCUGAAUCCAACAGGGAUGGGGCGCUGCUCAUUGCGGGCUCGGAAAGCACCAAGCGGAGCAGCAUCCUUUGCAGACCGAGGUCCAGCAUUUCCGCCGGGAGACCCCGACCAUCGAAGAAAAAUGCCAGCUAUCGGAAACUACAGAGUUUCCUCUACAAUGCACUGGAGAGACCGCGGGGAUGGGCGUUCAUCUACCACGCUUAUGUCUUCCUCUUGGUCUUCUCCUGUCUCAUACUCUCAGUGUUUGCCACCAUCAGAGAGUUCAAAAAUAGCUCAGAGAGUGCCUUGUACAUCCUGGAAAUUGUGACCAUCGUGGUGUUUGGGGUGGAGUACAUCGUGAGGAUAUGGGCUGCUGGCUGCUGCUGUCGGUACAGGGGAUGGAGAGGGAGACUAAAAUUUGCCAGAAAACCUUUCUGUGUCAUAGACAUCAUGGUACUGAUAGCCUCAGUAUCAGUACUGGCGGCUGGUUCUCAGGGCAAUGUUUUUGCCACCUCGGCCAUCAGGAGUUUGAGAUUCCUACAGAUCCUGCGCAUGCUGCGUAUGGACCGCCGUGGAGGCACCUGGAAGUUGCUGGGAUCUGUAGUGUACGCCCACAGCAAGGAGCUCAUCACAGCGUGGUACAUUGGCUUCCUGUGCCUGAUCCUGGCUUCAUUGGUUUACUCCGUGGAAAAGGAUUCAAAUACUGAGUUUGACACCUAUGCUGAUGCGCUUUGGUGGGGACUGAUCACUCUCACCACCAUUGGUUAUGGUGAUAAGGUUCCUAAGACCUGGAAUGGACGCAUGCUGGCAGCCGCGUUCAGCAUGAUCGGGGUGGCCUUCUUUGCACUUCCUGCUGGCAUCCUUGGUUCUGGCUUUGCCCUGAAAGUCCAAGAGCAACACAGGCAGAAACAUUUUGAGAAGAGGCGUAACCCUGCAGCAGGCCUCAUCCAGGGUGCUUGGAGGUUCUAUGCUACCAAUCUUUCCCGGACAGAUCUGCUGUACACUUGGGAUUUUUACGAGCAGACUGUAGCUAUCCCAAUGUACAGACUCAUUCCUCCUCUGAAUCAGCUGGACCUGCUGAGGAAUCUGAAGGGAAAGUCAUUCAGGAAGGAGUCUCAAGCUGAACCCUCUCCCAGUCGGAAGCCCAGCCUGAAGGACAAGGUGUUCCCAAGUCCUUCAAAGGCUCCUGUUGCCAAGGGGAAAGCUCAGUCUCCAGGGGCAGAGGAUGGGGCCGAGGCCAGUCCAAGCAAAGUUGCAAAGAGCUGGAGCUUCAAUGAGAAGAACCGAGGGCCAAAGCAUGCCUUCAGAGUCAGGGGCAGCACCUCACGCCAAAACUCAGAGGAGGCCAGCCUCCCAGGAGAGGAAAUUGGUGAUGAUAAGAGCUGCCACUGUGAGUUUCUCACUCAGGAAUUACCACCAGGCUUGAGGGUGACAAUAAGGGCAAUAUGCAUCAUGAAGUUUCUGGUGUCAAAGCGGCGGUUCAAAGAGAGCUUGCGGCCUUAUGACGUCAUGGAUGUGAUCGAGCAAUACUCAGCAGGUCACUUGGACAUGCUGUCCCGCAUCAAAAACCUGCAGUCCAGAGUUGACCAGAUAGUUGGUAAAGGGCCUAAAGGUGACGGAGAGGCUGCAGAUGACCAGAGCAUGAUGGGACGUCUGGUGAAAGUGGAGAAGCAGAUGGUCUGUAUGGACAGGAAACUAGAUUUCCUGGUUAAUGUGUACGUGCAGCGUAUGGGCAUCCCACGAUCAGAAACCGAUGCCUUUUUCAACUCCAAAGAGCCGUACCCAGCCCCACCUUACCACAGCCCCGAGGAGGAGAAGGAGGGCAAAGAGGAGUUGAAGGAGGAGAAGGAGGUGCAGAUAUGCACACCUGCAGAACGCCCCUGCUCUGACGGCUCUUUGGAAAAGAAAGAUCCUUUACUGGGUCGCUCUGUGGCGAUAUCGGUGGGCACUCCCUCUGGCAGCCACAGCCGCGCCUCUACCUCCUGGCAGCACCAGCUGCAGCACCCCCUCAGCCAGCCCGCCUGGAACAGCAGCGUGGCCAACUCCCCAUCACCAGUGGGGGGCAGCGGAGAUCAUUCGCCCAACCUGUUCCGUCUCCCGCCUCCACCUGCUCCAGUUCACGACCGAUCCUCUUCUGGGCCAGGCAGCAAAGAGAGCGGAUCCCAGAGCAGGAGGCGUCACAGGAGGCAGAGGUGUCAGCAGGACGCCACCGCUGUUGAGAGCGAUACUUCUUUAUCCAUCCCGUCUGUUGACCACGAGGAGCUGGAGCGCUCCUUCAGCGGCUUCAGCAUCUCCCAGGCAAAGGAGGACUUCUUUGGGCCGUCUUUCUUCACAGGCUCAGGAGGGGGCGCCACCGCAGCGCCUGAAGCCGCAGCUGCACCUUCAAUCUGUGUCAGGGUACGACCCUUCAUAGCAGAGGGUGAAUCAGACACAGACUCUGACCUCUACGCCCCCUCACCUCUGUCCUUCACCGGAGAGGUCUCAUGCGGAGAAAGGGGGUGGCCCGGAGUGAAGUAGGUCAGGAAGAACUGCUACGCCCGGCAGAGCGGUGCCAUCAGGUGGCCUAUCAUGUGACCUUGUAGCCAACUGACUGACUGUUGCUGCUGACCUUGCUAUUACACUAUUUAAGGUUAAAAGUUGAGUCAGCGAUUCUAAAAAAAGGUUGUUGAUAUUUGAACUCAAUACCCAAACAAAUGCCCGCUCCAGAUUUACCAUCCCUCCCACUGCCUUUCCAUUUAUAAAUACAUCCAUGUUCUGGCCCCAGUUGCUGAUUUCACACUUACAGAACUAGGUCUCUGUAAGAACAAACACAGAACAGACAGUAAGCAAAGCCAAAGGGAGAUAUUUACUUGUGUGGACAAAAGCUGCAUUCGAUUAGAAUGGCUGACUCCACCUUUAUUUGAAUGGUUAAAAUCAGCAGUUUAUAACUGAAUAUAAAAUCAAAGGGUUGUCCUGUAUCACCUUUUUGUUUAUUAGGCAACGCUUAACUGCAUUUGCAUCUAUCAGGAUCUUGUUUACAAAAAAGCUAUUUAGGGACAUUUAUUACCUUAAUUGGGGUCAUGUUAUUGAAUUUCCUAGUGAAGAAAGUUGUUUGAGAGUGUGAUUUAUGACACUUCAUUUAGACAUUGUAUGAAACAACAUCACCCUGAUUUCUUCCAGUGAGUGCACUUCAGCACUUCUUCUGUUACUCACUACCAUUUUCACUUUUAUGUGGUUUAGUCAUGCAAGAUUGUUUAAGACCUGGUUAGCGUAGUGUCUUGAUAACUUCUAUACCUUUGAAUGACUUGAGGUUUUAUGACAAAGCCAAAACCCUAGCUAUGAUAAUCAAUUAGAUUCUUGCAGAGUAAAAAAGAAACAUGCUUGCUUUUCAGCAUCAAUAACAUGGCUGGUGUUUACUGAAUCCUAGAGAAAGACUCCCCUUCAAAGUAUUCCUUUGAUACUUCCCCAUCGAAAAAUAAACCGGCUGCAUGGCAUGUUACUGUUGGUGAUUUAUUUAAGGAUGGCAGGAUACAAAACCAGACAUGAGUUAGCAGACAAAUUCCAUGACAAUUUCUCUUGAAUACAGACAAACGUGAAAAUGUGCAUGCGUGUGUGGUUUCAAGCUACAGUUCUUGAAGGGGCUUUGCUCGAUUACAUCAUGUCAAUGCAGCCUAGCUUGUUCAUUUCAACGGCUUUCUUUUUCUAGGCUAAUACAAAUUAUUUACACAUUAAAUACAGGGACAGAUGCCACAUAUGGAAACAAUAUGGGCUCAAAUGGACUUUAGCUCAUUCAUUUUGUACUGUUAUCCCACAACAUGCGGUGUUGAAGUUGGACUGUCAUAUGGGACAUGAUGGUGUUUAGCCUGCAAAGCAUAAGUCGGUCAUAUAGAUUCUCUGCCGCUACGUCAAUUCUGCACAUAGGAAGGAAAUGCAAUAACAAGCAAGCAAGGCAAUCAAGAACCAUCCCUUACCAAUAUCAACAUGGCCUUAUAUUUCACACCAAAACCCUUUGUUUGUAAGUAAAUAUUUCAUUAAAGUAUUGCAAGUGCAUUUUCAAGUGUUGCAUAGGACGUUGUGUGGCCUGAGAGCAGUUUUUUAGUCAAGUAAUGCUAAAAGCAUGGGAUUCGGAUCUGAAGCAUGAACAGUUCUUAUAAAAACUAACCUGAGUCAUAGGAAAUUAUAACGUUUUAACAUUGACAUGAUUUAGUAGACUGCCACACAAUAUUUUUUUCAGAAACAAACCUGCUGGCAUGUUUUCUACAACCCAAAGAGAGGACCUCUAGAGUUUUACAUGAAACAGUAGCUCUUAGUUCAACACCGUCAUGUAACUGCACCUUCUUCUUCUAAAAUAAUAAAA